AUGAUUUGUGAUGACUCUUACAACAAUAAAAGCUGGGUGAUUGUGGGCCAAAAUAUGUUUACCCUCCAUGAAAUCAACCAAAUGGAGCGAGAGCUGUUUAGCUACCUUGACUUUCAGUUGAAAGUGGAACCAGAGGAGCUGGCAGCGUUUGCAGCGGAGCUCGAGUGGUAUGGCGCCCCCGCUUUGACCCUUGAUGACCUGAAGCGUACGCGUAUUGUAGCGCCCACGAGCGUUACCGCAUCGCGCUCGGCACCCAAAUCUAUGAGCGGCACUGCCUCUUCUUCCAUUGCGAGCUCAUCGUCAUCCUCGUCUGCACGGCGCAAAACCCAUCGCCGCUGCCUGAGCUUGCGGCCGGACUACUGGAACAACCCCCAUUCUACAGUCUCCAAUGCUUCAGUACGACACUACCGUUCCGAAAGCAAUGAAUGGUGUGCCAGUGGGAUGCAGCGUACAUCGCGCCAACAUGCGCGAUCCUCUAUGCCACUCCAACGCUCGGCGCCGAUGUACCCGUAUCCCCAGGCUGCCCCGCUCCAUACACCUUCGUUUACGGCAGUCAGGCCUGAUACUAUUAUUUCGCCAGGGAUGUCUUGGUCACCAUUCUAUACGGCGGCAAAUGCUUCGUCUCUGUCUAGCACAACGCCGAUUUCUGCGACGGACAGUCUUCGACCUACGCCAUCAACGUCUAUGUCGGACCUGUCGUUGUGCAGUCCUAACCAAGUAUUUAAUGGUGCCAGUCAUGGCGUUCCUAUGUUUUUGCCAUGGGAGCCAGCUAAGCCCAUGCACGUGCCAUCGUACGAAGUCAACGAGUCGUUCCGUAUGCCCCCUCUUCCCAGUACAAUGGCAGCGACCAUGUCGCAGGUAACGCCACACCAAGCACCCAGCUCCUAG